AUGAGGAUCAUUGACCCCCAAUCCGCCGUGCUCUCCAACAUCGAGGUGCUAGCCUACCUAACCGCGAACCCCCCGCGCCGCCCGCCAAAGCCGCCGCCCAACUCGCGACAUUGGGUUCCCAGUCCGGACCUGCGCGACCACAACACCGUCGUCAAAGAGAUACACAACUACGUCGCGCGCCUCUCCCCGCACCUGCUCAACUACCCAGCGUACAUCCACGAGUCGCAGCGCCAGCAGCUCGAGCGCCUGCAGACGCAGACGGACGCGGAUCCGGCCGCGCUCCCGCCCGUUCUCCCGAUUGACAACUCACCCACGCCGCUGGACCAUGCCCUCCGCGAGCUCAUUGCCCGGCUGCAGCCGUACGGCCUGACCAAGGGCGAGGUGCUGAUGAUUCUUAAUCUGGGGGUUGGGGUUGGCGGCGCCGCGGCUGCGGAGGGGGAGCAGCAGGCCGCCGAGGAGGAGGGGGGUGAGGAGGUGCAGGAUGACGGUGGGGAGGGCGGGGAGCAGGCGCCGGUUAAUGGGGACGGCCAUAACCACGACGGUAUGGAUGUGGAUGGGGAGGGACAGGCAGAGGGUGGAGAAGGCGCAGAAGAGGCUGCGGAGAUCCCCGAGGAGGACUAUGGGGCGCUGGCGCUGCUGGAUACGGUGAUUGAAGAGCGCGAGGAGCGGCUAAGUAACGAGGAUGUGGCGGCGAUAUUGGCUAUUAUUCGAGAGACCUUGGGAGGACAGGCGCCGACCGAGGCGUGA